GUGGCAAUAUUUAAUGUUUGAGCUCGUUGCUUGUCUUUUGUCUGUUUGCUGUCGGCUCAACUGGGUCGACAUUGCGAAAUGGGUUUGGCUUUCAGAUAGGAAAUGAAGGCUUUCCUUCCAUCUCAACAAUCAGUCUUAUUCUGUUUUUAUCUACGUAUUUAUCAUAUUUCUCUCUCUCUCUCUCUGUCUCUUUCUUUUCUCAUUUGGCCUAAACCGUCGAUUUCCUGACAGCAAACUUUAUUGUAGUGUUGUACACCGGUUGAAUCUUUGUCUAGUUCUCUAUUUUGUUGUUCUUUUCAUUAUUUCUACUCGUUCCGAACUGACGCUCUGCUGAUCGUCGUUUUAAUCCCCUUGGUUGUUCUUCACGAUUAAAAAAGCGCUGAGCUUCAGUCGCGCAGAUUCCAAAACAGCUGGCCACUCAAUACUAUACAAUGGUAAAUACCUCUAGCGCCAUGUCGUCGGAGCGGGCCAUCCCUGACCUGUGGGAUGUGUUUGGAUCACGGGGCGGCGGCCUGGCUGUCAGACGAAAUUCAUGGCAAAAGAUGCAAAAGCAGCUAUCCGAGGACGAACGAACCGUCACGGAAUUGUUCAACGAUCUUCAUGUUCAUGCAGAUCUGCCAGCCGAGAACAAUUCGAUUCCUAGUAAACACAAAAACGGCAGCAAUCAGCGCAACAAGACGGACGAGUACAAUGAGCGUAACAAUAUCAGCAAUAACCAGCAGUCGAAUAAUAACUGGGAACACAUUGAAAAGCAUCUAUCCAUGAAAAAGACCAUUCGCAAGAAGAUGAUGCGUGACUUGCAGCAGGCUUUUAUUGACGGACAAGAGCCACCAGAUGCGGUCCAAAAAUGGGAUAAUGUCCAACUGGACGCCCACAAGGCCGGCAUCGAACCCAACUUGCUGGACAUGUUGAAAGAAAAGAAGACCGAACAACAACCCGUACAAUCGCAACCGAAUGCACCAACCAAAAAGCCGGGCUUUUGGAAAAAAUUGACGAUGAGGAAAAGUAGCAGUAGUAAACGGUGAUUCAUUCCUAUAUAUUUAACGCGUGCAACCACACCCACCCCCCACCCCCAAAUACGAAAUACAAAAGAAAACAAAAAGAAAUUUUGCUAACAAGUUGAAAUCGACAUGUGACUGAUUCCAAUGACUAAUGAAGGUCGCUAUUAUAAAUAAAUUUACAUAACCUGGAACUAAAUUGACGAGGAUAAAUGACGACAUUUCGUGGCCUAUUCUAAUAACUUGUGUCCAUAAACUCUCACAAUCUCCCUCUACCGUCAAAAGAUUUUCAUCAUUAUCCUUUUGUUCCACUCUCUGAUGUCCUUGUUAUUUUUCCUCCCUCCUCUUCUCCUUUUCUUUUGCGUCGUUCCCUGUGAUACACAACUGCGUCUAUUUGUUUUCACUUUUUUUUGCCUUACCACAUGCAGAUUUUCACUUACAGUAUAUGUAUUCUUUUUGUUUGUUUAAAAUAUGCAAGUGUAGAAACAUAUACACGAAAAAGAAAAAACAAAAA